AAUAAAUGAUUAAAAUUUUAUUUUGAAUUUUUCUGAUUAAAUUCCAUUAAAUGACUCAAUUUUGUAAAUUUUAAAUUUUGUGGUGAAUUUGGUGAAUUUUGUGGUGAAUUUGGUGAAUUUCAAAACUAUUAAAAAAUAAAUAGCUUAACAGAACCACAAAUUCAAUGAAUCAUAAUUCUCAUUUCAAAAAAACAUUUACAAAAGACAGAAGUGAGUGAGAGAGUAACAGCAUAAAAGCGACUCGCCGAUCGUCGUCAUGUCUUGUCACAACGCCAAGAAAUGAAUUAAUUGCUUAAUGCAACUUUUAUAUUAGAUUGUAAUAAUUUUCUAAUGUAGUAAAAUAAAUCACUAAAUCUUAUUUUCUUAUUCUUAUUCUUGCAGAGAGCGACACUUGCUGAAAAGGAAGUAAAUACAUUAAAAGAACAAUUAACCUCAACAUCAACGACACAAACAAAUACCACAUUAUCAAAUACAAAUUCAACGAGUACAAUAACACAGAACGGCACAUCGCCACCAUCUCCUUCAACCACACCAUUGUCACUGCUAUCAUCUGAUAAUAACGAUAAUAGUAGCACAAAUAAGUUAUUAAAUAACAACAGCAUCAAAUUGGAUGACGAAAAUAUGGAUAAGAAAAUCAGUGAUGUAAAUGAAAUGAUUGAACAGAAUCGCAUUGAUGAGCAUGACGAUGAUGAUGAUGUUAAGGAAACAACAAAUAAUUGUGGUAGCGGUAGAUCAACACCAACAAGUGUCAACGAUAAAGAGAUGACAAAUAAGCAAAAUGAUGAUAAUGAGGAUGAUGCAAUAGAUAAUGAUGAUGCAUCUGAGAUGCGUGAUAAUGGUGGACGAUGUAGUGUCAAUUCGAAUAAUUUAAAUAGCAGCACACGAACAAUGUCUGAUGAAUUAACGUUUAAAGAUAAAGAGAUAAAGAUCCUAAUCGAAGAAAUAGCUCGACUACGUACAGCAAUUCAAGCCCUUCAAGAGUCACACAAUGUCAAAAUUCAGCGACUAGAAGAAAGUUUGGAAGCAAAAAGACAACAUAUAAUAAUUUUAGAAAAUAGAAUAAGCAAGAGUGACUUUGAGGAUAUGAAGAAGGAUACUAGUAAUCUAAGAUCUGUUGAUUUAUCGACAACAACAACGACUGAUUCAAAACAAUUCCAAGAACUUUUAUUAGAACAUACGAAAGCAUUUGCAGCACAUAGUGAAAAAUCAUCAAGUGAUGGAUCAACAGUGCCAUCUAUCAAUAAUAACAAUAAUAAUAAUAAUAAUAAUAAUAAUCUCAACAACAACAACAAUAAUAAUAAUAAGUAUAAUAGCUUUCAUGAUAUCCUUACGCCAAUACAGCAACUUAAAAAUAUCAGUAAUAAACUUAGUAACAAUAAUAAUAAUAACAAUAUUCAUAGCAACAACAUCAGCAACAAUAAUAAUAAUGUUAAUAAUAAUAAUAGUAGCAACAGUAAAAUUGAAACACGUCCAGCAUCGACACCUUCAUCAACCAUCCUACCACCACCAUUACAAAAUGUUGAACAAUUCAGUUCAAUGUUGGGCGAAGAAAUUGUUAAUAAUUGGCGACACUCUUCCUUUAUUGAUUUACCACCACCAAUGUCAUCAAGUAUUGGUGCGUCCUCAUCCAAUUCCCAACAACAAUCAAAUAUGACAAUUGGACCAACAUCGUCGUCGCACUUAUCAAAGCUUACCACAUCAAUGCAUAAUCGAAUGAUUAAUCAAUUUCCUAAUUUCACAGAUUGCUUAAGCACUCCACACCACCUUCAACAACAACAACAACAACACCACCACAACCUUCAUCAUCAUCCUCAUCAUCAACAUCAUCAACAGAAUAAUCAAAAUCAUAAUUUAUCGCAUGAUAGCGUGGAUAAGAAUAGUCAUAAUGAAGCAUCAUCAACGGCAAGUACACCAAUCUUGCAGGAGGGUCGAUGCGAUGAUAAUAUGAAUAGUCGUGGUGGUGUUACGACACCCAUGUCAUUACCGCCAAUGUCAAAGAGUCCAUCCGAGGACAAUCAUCCUCUGCUGCAUAAUGGUUCGGGGCCAUUAUCGAUUGGUGGAUUACAAUUCAAUCCAUUUGGUAGUGAAAGAGGUAAUAAUCAUUAUAAAUUUGCUGAUGAAAUGCACUUACCGCUUGGCCAUAUGGCAGGACGAUUAGGUGAUUCACUUAUACCAAAGGGCGAUCCAAUGGAAGCACGUCUCCAAGAGAUGCUACGCUACAACAUGGAUAAAUAUGCUAAUCAAAAUCUCGAUACACUUCACAUCUCACGUCGUGUAAGGGAACUACUGUCGGUGCAUAAUAUUGGUCAACGAUUAUUUGCUAAAUACGUAUUGGGGCUGUCGCAAGGAACCGUAUCGGAAUUGCUGUCGAAGCCAAAACCAUGGGAUAAAUUGACCGAGAAAGGACGUGAUAGUUAUCGUAAGAUGCAUGCAUGGGCCUGUGAUGAUCAAGCUAUUCUGCUGCUCAAGUCACUCAUUCCGAAGAAAGAAUCAGGAAUGCCACAAUUCGGACGUCCAGACUCCGAGGGAAUGACAGACGAGCGUAUCCAACAUAUUCUUACAGAAGCAUCAAGCAUGAUUCAAAAGUCAUCGCCACAACAAAACUUACAAAACUCAAGCCUGCAAAACACAAUGAAGAACAUGAAUAUUGAAGAUUCGCACAGCAUUGAAGAUUCAAAAUCACCACCAAGUUGCACAUCGCCAUUCUCAAAGAGAUUGAAGAAGUACGAGAAUGAUGACAUUUCUGAAGAAAAAUUACAGAAAAUUUAUCAGGAAGAAUUCCAAAAACUCAUGGCUCGUGGUCAACGUGAUGCAUUUCCAAACCUUCUAUUCCCACACUUCUUUGGUGCUGGAAGCGGAAUGCCACCAUUAGCUGACGAGAAUCUCCGAUUGGCACUCGAAAUGUAUCAGCGUGAAUUCUCAAAAUUACAGCAACAAAGUGGUGCCGGCUUACCAAACUUUACGAACAAUCUCACAAGUCUUCUAGCUUUACAACAGCAUCAAGCACUCAAUGGAAGUUCAAUUCAAGAUUUAUCGCUUCCGAAGGAAAUGCAAAAAUUUGGUAAAUCAAAUGGAUUAGAUGAUUGUGAUCAGAAAGAUAUUGAGGAAUCAAUGAGAAGUGCAUUCAGUAUGGUCAAACCAAAGCCUGAACCAACAUCAACACCAACAACGACAGCAUCAUCAGCACCAAGUCCUGUUAGCAACACAAUUCUUCCACCUGUAACACCAACUGAUGAAUUUUGUGUUAAUGCAAGUCCAUUGCAACGUAUGGCGUCCAUUACAAACUCAUUAAUUACACAAUCACCUGUUCCAUCACAUGUCUCAUCACCACAACGUCCAUUAAAGGCUGUCUUGCCACCAAUAACACAGCAACAAUUUGAUAUGUACAAUAAUCUCAAUACGGAAGAUAUUGUGAGGCGGGUCAAGGAGGCAUUAUCACAAUAUUCCAUAAGUCAACGACUUUUUGGUGAAUCCGUACUCGGACUAUCACAAGGAUCCGUAUCUGAUUUAUUAGCACGUCCAAAACCAUGGCAUAUGUUGACACAAAAAGGACGUGAACCAUUUAUUCGUAUGAAAAUGUUUUUGGAGGAUGACAAUGCCGUCCAUAAACUCGUCGCAAGUCAAUAUAAAAUAGCACCCGAUAAGCUCAUGAGAACCGGAAAUUACAGUUCAAGUCCACAAAUUCCAGCACAAUUGUCAAAACAAAUGCCACCAAUGCCAAAAUUGUUGAGCGAACAAAUGGCAAAAUUACAAGAUCCGGCAUUAUUGCAUAUGCAAAUGAGUCAAAUGGCUCAUUUAUCACAAGCCGUUGCCGAACAACAAAGACGUGAAAUGCAACAUCGCGAGUCACAACAGCCAUUGCUUCUUACACCACCAGGUCUUCCACCACAACACGCAAUUCAAUUACCACCAAAAGAUCAAAAGUCCAGCGAUAAGAAAAUGAUGCCAAUUCCUUCGCCACAGCAUUCGGAAACAUCACAACCGCCACAAACUGUAACGCCAAGUAAUGUUAUGCGUACAAUGAAUCAACACAUAUCACCAACUGUUUAUGAAAUGGCUGCACUUACACAGGAUUUGGACACGCAAAUAAUUACAACAAAAAUUAAGGAAGCACUUCUCGCUAAUAAUAUCGGACAAAAAAUAUUUGGUGAAGCAGUUUUAGGACUCUCGCAAGGAUCUGUAUCAGAAUUGUUAUCGAAGCCAAAACCAUGGCAUAUGUUGAGCAUAAAGGGACGUGAACCUUUCAUUCGUAUGCAAUUGUGGCUUAAUGAUGCAAACAAUGUUGAGCGAUUGCAAUUACUAAAGAAUGAACGCCGUGAGGCAAUAAAGAGAAGACGUUCAACAGGCGCCGGUGGACAUGAUAAUAGCUCAGAUACAAGCAGCAAUGAUACAUCUGAAUUUUAUCAUUCAAAUUCUCCGGGACCAGCAUCAGUUGCAUCACAACAAUCAGCACCACCAAAUAAGAAGCAACGUGUCUUGUUCUCAGAGGAACAGAAGGAAGCAUUGAGACUAGCAUUUGCACUUGAUCCAUAUCCAAAUGUUCAAACAAUUGAGUUUCUUGCAAAUGAGCUCAAUCUAUCGACACGUACAAUUACAAAUUGGUUCCAUAAUCAUCGCAUGCGAUUAAAACAACAAGUGCCGCAUGGACAACCAACAGAACCAAUUCCAUCACGUGAAAAUAACAAUGGUGCACCAUUUGAUCCCGUUCAAUUUAGAAUUCUAUUAAAUCAGAGAUUAAUGGAGAUUCAAAAAGAACGAAUGGGACUUAGUGGAAUGACUCUUCCAUAUCCUCCAUAUUUUGCUGCUAAUCCAAACCUUGCUGCUCUUAUUGGACGUGGUCUUUUGAGUGGCACCGAUCCAGAACAACUUGCUGCCCUCAAUAAUGCCGUUAAGGAACAAAUUAUGGGUCUUGAUCUGUCAAUGACCUCAUUAAAACGUGAUGAUGAUGACUAUGAUGAUGAACAAAAUUCAGACAAUGAUGGAGGAAAUGACGAUGAUGAUGAGUCAUUGAAUGAAUCUAAACUUAACAAUAAUAAUGAACAGAAAGAUAUGUCACCGCCACCUCAAACCAUUUCACGUACAUCCAGGAGAAAACCUGCAGCACCACAAUGGGUUAAUCCAUUGAUUACAAUGACAACAGGCGAAUGGGGCGACAAAAACAACAUUCCAAAUGAUAAGGAAGUGAUUAUAAAUGGCGUUUGUGUCAUGAAUCAAUCAUCUGACUACAAGUCAAAUGAUGAUGAAGAUGUAAAUAUGGAAAAAUCGAACGAAGACAAAGACGAUAACUUGACAAUUGCUGAAAGCAACGACGAAGAUGAAAUUAAAAAGUCAUUCAUUAAAAAACCAAAUCCAAUUGAUAGUUCUGAUGAUAUUCAGGUGAAGAAGGAGGUCGACGAGGGAUGGAAUGAGUUUUAAGAAUUAAAUGAAAAUUAUGUGCAAUGCGCUGAUGUUUAAGAUUAAUUAUUUUGUGUGGAUGGGAUGUGAGUUUGGUGUUUUUUGGGAAGUUUUUGAUAGGAAUUGUUGAGAUUUAAGAUAUGGAAUUGCCAAAUGAUUUUAAAGCUUGAAUUGGCAGAAAUGAAAUCAAACUUAAGGUUAUUAGAAUUAGCCUUUAAUCAAAAGGUCGUGGUUCAAAUCCCAUUCUAUUCAAAUUGUAAAUCGUAAGCAAUUUUUAUCAACCUUUUCACCAAAAACUUUCCAAGAAAACCCAAACAAAAAUGAAAAACCUGUAAAAUACGAAAAAAUUUAAUUAAAAUUCAACUUGUUUUCUUCAAAAAAAAACCUUUAAAAAAGC